UCGCUGAUUUAUUUCUCACUUCCAACUCUCUCUCUUCUCUCUGUAUUUCUCUUUCUCUUUCUCUGCCUGAUUUCAGAAGAGUUCAAUUGUUAAUCACUCACCAUUUUAUCUCUGUGUAUAUAUAUAUAUAUAUAUACACAUUAUGUUCUCUCGUGCUCAGAUGGGGCUUGCAUUUGCUUAUUCUUUUUUCUUCUCCUUCUUCAUCGAAGUGUAAAAGGACAGAAAAUAUGCAUCAGUUCAAGCCAGUUAAAAGCAAUCUUAAGAAUAUCGACUCCGGCAAAGAGACAAACGACCGGCCACUUUGCCCGAAACCUCGCCGGCCGAGCCCUGCCAUUCCUGAAUUUCUCAAGCCCCACAGAUGCAACAAACACAGCCAAGUGAAUGCUGAUGGAAGAAUGGAAGUUUUAAACAUGAUUGGUGAGAAGCAAAUUGAAGGAAAGGAAUCAAUUUGUAGUGGGUGCUCCCCAUCUUGCUACUCAGGAUCUCCUCCAAGAAGAACUGAAAACCCUUUGGUGAAUGAUGUGCAGUUCAUUCAUCAGAUGGAGCUACUUUCACCAUUUACAAGAACCAAACUUUCUGAUAAGUUUGGGAUCACUUCUGCCUCACCAGUUUAAGAAAAAAUUGGAUUUAGAUUUAAGGUGUUCACUAUUUCAUUGUUAGAAUGUGAAUUUUUAUUACCCUGAAACCAGAC